UCACAUUUUUUGUACUCAUCUGGGGGUUGAGCUAAUAUAAGUAUGAAAGAAACUAUAAACAUUUCCAUUGAAGAGAUUGGCCUCUUUGAUCAACUACAUGGAACCAAAUAAUGAAACGAUGGAGAAGAAUGAGAAGGCUAUCGACACUACUGAUGAGCCUGAGGUUCACUACAGGGGAGUCCAAACCAUGCCACUUAUCAUAGGGAAUGAAACCUUUGAGAAGCUAGGGACAAUUGGGACUUCACACAACCUCUUGGUUUAUCUCACUACUGUAUUCAACAUGAAAAGUGUCACUGCUGCAACUCUUGUCAACGUUUUCCAUGGCACCACCAACUUAGCUUCUCUACCCGGAGCUUUUCUCUGUGAUACAUACUUUGGUCGUUACAAGACUUUGGGCUUUGCUUCAGUCUCUUCCUUUUUGGGAAUGUUGGUUCUCACAGUAACAGCAGCAGUAACUAAUCUUCAUCCUCCAAACUGUGAAUCAAAGGACAUUGAUACAUGUUCUGGGCCUACAACAUGGCAAUUUUUGUUUUUACUAAGUGGGCUUGGAUUACUGGUUGUAGGAGCUGGUGGUAUUAGACCAUGUAACUUGGCCUUUGGAGCUGACCAAUUCAAUCCCAAUACAGAAUCUGGGAAGAGAGGAGCUAACAGCUUCUUCAAUUGGUACUACUUCACUUUCACGUUUGCCAUGAUGAUAUCCUUGACAUUCAUUGUGUAUGUGCAAUCUGAUGUGAGCUGGGCUUGGGGUCUGGCCAUUCCCUGUUUCCUCAUGCUGUUAUCUUGUGUAUGUUUCUUCGCCGGUUCGAAAAUUUAUGUGAAAGUGAAGCCUGAUGGUAGUCCAUUGACCAACGCUGCGAGAGUCAUUGUGGCUGCAGUUAAAAAGAGACACUUGAAGCUGCCAGAGCAGCCAUGGAUGUCCCUUUUCAACCAUGUCCCUAAAUCUUCUGUCAACUCAAAGCUUCCUUACAGUGAUCAGUUCAGAUGCUUAGACAAAGCUGCAAUUAUUGAGCCAGAAGACACAAUCAACUCAGAUGGAUCAGCAGCUAAUCCUUGGAGAUUGUGCACUAUGCAACAAAUUGAGGAAGUAAAAUGUUUGUUGAGAGUGAUUCCCAUAUGGGCCUCAGGCAUUAUUUACUAUGUUGCUACCAACCAACAACAAACUUAUGUGGUCUUCCAAGCCCUCCAAUCCAAUAGACUUCUUGGCAAUACUAGCUUCAAAAUCCCAGCUGCCUCUUACUCAGUCUUCACCAUGAUUGGCCUCACAGUCUUGAUACCAAUCUAUGACAGGAUCAUUGUCCCUGCUUUAAGACGAAUCACCGGAAAAGAAGGCGGCAUAACAAUGCUCCAAAGAAUUGGAUUUGGCUUGGUUCUUUCCAUAAUAACCAUGAUUAUAUCAGCCAUAGUUGAAGAACAUAGAAGAAUUUUAGCUCUCACAAAGCCAAUGGGAAUAGAACCAAGAAGAGGGGAAAUUUCUUCUCUUUCUGCCUUUUGGUUGGUUCCGCAGUUGACUUUAAUAGGAUUCUCUGAAGCAUUUACUAUUGUCGGUCAAGUUGAAUUCUACUACAAGCAGUUCCCAGAGAACAUGAGAAGCAUUGGUGGUUCUUUCUUGUUUAUUGGAUUUGCAGGGUCUAGUUACUUGAGUGGAUUUUUGGUGUCUCUGGUUCACCAUUUGACUUCUGGUUCUGAAACGGGAAAUUGGUUACCUGAAGACCUUAACAAGGGAAGAUUGGACUACUUUUACUACUUGGUUGCUGCAAUGGGAGUCAUAAAUUUUGCCUUUUUCGUGGUGUGUGCAAACUGGUACAAGUACAAAGAAAACUCCACCAGUGCCCUUGAAGUUAACAUGAAAGAUAUGCAAUCUGAAAAGGACAUAGUAUGAAAUACAUCUGAAAAUUUGAUGUUAUCUCAGGAGACUUCCAUCUUUUGAACAGGUUAACAACGUUAAUAACACUAAAGUAGUAUAUUAUCUCAUUUCCAAAAUGUUAGUAACGUUGAUAACCUGAUCAAUGCAAGUCAUGAUUCAUAGCACAAAUAUUCAAAAUUUGGUGCCACUGUCCAGUUAUGUGUUGUCAGAAUUUAGAACAAAAACUUUAAAGGUUAUUAUUAUACAAGUUCCUAUGAUUUUUUAUCCAGUUUUUUUUGUAUCACUGUACAUAAAUAAAGAAUGUCUCUUCUUAUUUCUGAA